UUCUUCCAUUCAGGCAAGACGAAGUUGGCAAAUAGUUGAUCGCAGUUAGUCGAAGACAUUGCUUGACGGAAUCUAUGGCGGAGAACAGAACGUGGACGGUGUCUUCCCCGCCUCCUCCACCUCCAUCUUCGUCCUCCGACUCCUCAAGUGAACGGCAGAUCCUCAGAUUCAUCCCCUUCCAGAGCUCCGCGGACGAGGGCUUUUGGAGGAGACUUUCCUCUCUCAAGCUCGAUACUCUUGGGCUCGACCAGUCCCCAAUCCCCAUAACCGGUUUCUAUGCGCCUUGUUCACAUCCACAAGUGCCAAAUCCAUUAAAACUUAUGGCAGAGUCCCUGCCGGAUGAUCCGCUUCAGUUGGUAAUCGGUAACAGGAAUAAAUGCCCUGUGCCAGGAACUCUUUACAAUACAAAUACAUUGGAGAGCUUCCGUGCUCUUGAUAAGGACGCUCUUCUGAAAAUGGAAGCAAGGAAGAUUUUUGACGAUAUUAUAAGCGGGAAAGCAGAUGAGGAUUGUGCAGUGCUUUCAAGGUUCCUCCUUAUCUCAUUUGCUGAUUUGAAGAAGUGGACCUUCCGUCAUUGGUUUGCAUUUCCUGCUUUGUCGCUUGAACCUCCAGCAACCUUAGUUAAUAUACAACCAGCUUCAAAGGUGUUCAGUUCAGAAGAGGCUAAAUCUUUAUCAAGGGCAUGUAAUGAAUGGCGUAAUUCAAACAUGACAGCAGGUGUGCCAUUCUUUUUUAUUGUUAUAGCAUCAAAUGCACAAGUUACUAUUCGACCACUGAAGGAUUGGGAAGCAUUCCAUGGUGAUGGUGAAAAGCUGCUCUUCGGUUUCUAUGAUCCUUGUAAUCUUCCUAGUAAUCCAGGCUGGCCUCUUCGCAACUUCCUUGCAUUCAUUUGUUUGCGGUGGAAGAUAGAAAAUAUUCAGUUUUUGUGCUAUCGGGAGAGGCGUGGUUUGGCUGAUUUGGAAUUAUCCCUCGUCGGAGAAGCAGUAGUUUUGCUGCCACAAGAUUGGAGGAGUCCUUGUUGUGUUCCUAAAGCUGUAGGAUGGGAACUUAAACCUAAGCUGAUGAACCUGGCGGCAUCCAUGGAUCCAAAGAGGUUAGCUGUCUCUGCAGCGGAUCUGAAUUUAAAGCUUAUGCGAUGGCGAACCCUUCCAUCUCUAGACAUUAAUAUCUUGUCCUCUGUUAAGUGUCUACUUCUUGGUGCCGGUACACUAGGGUGCCAAGUUGCUCGCAUGCUGAUGGCUUGGGGUAUUAGGAGGAUAACUUUGCUUGAUAGUGGGCGUGUAGCUAUGUCCAAUCCUGUAAGACAGUCUCUGUAUACAUUUGAGGAUUGCCUAGAUGGUGGUGAGUUAAAAGCUGUUGCAGCAGCUAAAAGUCUGAAGAGGAUUUUUCCAGCUGUGGAAGCUGAAAGUAUUAAUUUAGCAAUUCCAAUGCCAGGGCACCCAGUGCCUGCUCAAGAAGCAGAUAAUGUGCUUAAAGAUUGUGAGCUUCUUCAAAGUUUGAUUGCUUCCCAUGAUGUCGUGUUCUUAUUGACUGACACUAGGGAAAGUAGAUGGCUUCCAACACUUAUUUGUGCAAAUGAAAGCAAGGUUGCAAUAACUGCAGCCUUGGGAUUUGACAGUUACCUUGUCAUGCGUCAUGGUUCUGGUCCUAGGCCUGUUUCCUCUGACAUGCUGGAUGCUACUUGCAAUGCAAGUGACAAAACUGGAGAUGUUAAUGCCAUUGCCACACAAAUGCACAAACUGUCAACCAAAAAUGAGGAUAGAGGACAGCGUCUUGGGUGUUACUUUUGCAAUGAUGUUGUUGCUCCUAUAGAUUCGACUUCCAACCGGACAUUGGAUCAGCAGUGUACAGUCACACGACCUGGACUGGCACCUAUUGCCUCUUCCCUUGCAGUAGAAUUGCUAGUGGGGAUUUUACAUCAUCCUAAACGGAUAAAUGCUCCAGGGGAGAUUUCUAGCUCCAUUGUAGGCAGUAGUGAUAGGCCUCUUGGCAUAUUACCUCAUCAAAUCCGAGGCUCUCUUCCUCAAUUUUCUCAGCUAACGCUCUUAGGCUACUCAUCAAAAAGCUGUACUGCCUGCAGUGAUGCUGUGGUUUCAGAGUUUAGAAGGAAGGGAAUGGAGUUUGUUUUGCAAGCUAUCAAUCAGCCCAGCUACCUAGAGGAUCUCACUGGCUUAACUGAGCUCAUGGAAUCAGUGAAUUCAUUCAGAGUGGACUGGGAUGAAGAUGAUUCUGAUGCUAAUGUAGAUGACUGAGGUAACACUUGUAAAUGAUGCAUUAUAUUAUGAUCAUGCUGCUAAACAGUAUUUAGUCAUAGGAUACAAUUAUUUAGCACUUUCUUACUGACUACCCUUUUAAUUGUGAUAUUCAAAGAAAAAAAUGUAAAGAAGAAAAUAUCUGAUUACUUAAUGCAGAUGCUAAUUCUCAUUGUUCUCUCACUA